AGUACCAUAUAUUACCCCAUAAAUGAUAAGACAACAGGGCAUUUAACAAACUCCUCUUGUUUUUUGGAAUCUAUAUUAUGCCCAUGGCAAUUUUUAAAAAAGAGUCACAAUAGCUUGGAGAAAUAACCAGCAUAAUGGUGUUGGGAGAGUUUGGGUUUGUAGAUGUUCCUCAGAAGUUGGUUUGCCCCUCUUCUAUGUACUUUGGUAAUGGUGGAUUUUACUUAUACAUGCAGCACUGAGAUCCCAUGAUGUAGGGUGGAAUAUAUUUUAAUAUCUAAAUAAAUGUUGUUGUGCUGCUUCUUACAAUCAUGUGUCUAUGCCAAUAGGUUUUGGUCUUGUUGUGUGCCUUCAAGUCAUUUCUGACUUACGGCAACCCUAGGCAAACUUAUCACAAGGUUUUCUUGGCAAGAUUUAGUCAGAGCAGGUUUGUUUGCCUUCCUCUUCCUCUGAGAGAGUUUAACUUGGCCAAAGUCACCCAGUGAGUUUCCAUGGCUGAAUGGAGGUUCAAACUUUGGUCUGCAGAGUUAUGGGCCAGUACUUAGACCACUACACUACUGGCUCUUAACCUUUUUGUUUUUAUUACUGUGUGUGGUGUUGUCAUGGUCAAAGUCACAAUAGUUCCUGAGCAUGUCCUUGACUACAAUGCUUGUGUCACGGAUUGAAACCCAACCAUGAUCAGCUUGGGGUUUAUGAACCAAGAAGGGAAAACUGUCGAUAUGUCACCCAUUGCUGGUUGUCAUAACUAAUUCCUUCUCUGAGAUCUUCAUUCUCAGAGGAACUGCAGGACAAUCAUUGGAAAUCAUUGACACAGUUGGUUCAGUGUUUUAUCCCUUUAUAGAAUUUAGUUUUUCCCCAAAUUGUGUCCCAGAAACUGAAUUGUUUCUUUUUUUUAAAAAAAAAAAAUCACAAUCCUGUGUUUGACGUUUCAUUGACUCUAUGCUUUUUGGGAGGAGCAAGACGCCAUGGAGAAAUUAUUUUUGCCUCCUCUUGCUGCCGACCUGUGCUGCCUUGGGUGCUGUUUGUUGGCCUAAAGGUGGGGUAUGCGAUUAAAUAAAAAGGAACACCAACAUCAUCUUAAAAGACAUCCUGGGGUUCCAGAUGCAACCCUGCAGUACAAGCGGAGGAUUCCAGAAGCUGUGCUCAGAAAUGACUGAAACAUGUGAUUCUCCUUUGCCCUCUGAACCAACUAAGAAGUAUUUUGAGACAAACCAAACUGAUACGUUGGAUGACAGCUCAUGCACAUGGAGUGAACAAUUGGAAAAUGAGCUCUUAAAGGUUCUGGGCAAUUUGGAUGAGCAGCUGGCACAGGAACAAUCUCGAGAGGCGAACAAGAGAACCCAAACACACUAUGGUUCCAAAGCACCAGAGAUCAGUCACCAUCCUUCUGUUCCUCAACACAGCUACCAUGGAGGAGUACAAAGGAAUGAGCGGAGCAUGUUUUUGUCAGACGGGGCAAGGACACCGAGAGUCAGAGAUGAAAACAAAGCUUCCUUCCGAUCGAGGGUGUUCUAUGAUACAUACCUGAAAGGACACUAUACAGAAGGCCUCCCAUAUGGAGACGGAUAUGACAGAAAGUCUCCUGCCCUGAAAAGAGAGCAUACUCGUUCUCUGGGACGGUCUUCAGAAGGGAGCUUGAAGCUUUCUUCAGGACAACUGAGCAGUGGAUUUGCAAGCAAGGACUUCAUGGCCAAGGAUGCAGUUAACAGAAGCUGUUCUUUGUCUUGUCUUACAAGGGGACAGUCCUUGACAUCUGUUGAGCAGCUUUCCCCAGACAGCCUGCAGCAUCCUUUGGGGAGCAGGAGAGACUUUGCACAAAAGAGCUAUCGCCACCAAACCAAGCGGACUCCCCUGUCUUCUAUUGCUUGGAAUACGUCACAAACUCCAGAACAUCCACUGUAUGGAGAUAAGCUUCUUCGGUCCCAGUCAUUAAUGGAGUUUGGCCCAACAUUUGAGGAUGCAGCUCCUUGUAUUCCACAGGAGAAUCCAAGAUACAAUUUUUAUAGAUCAAAAAUUGAUUACAGGAGAGGAGUACCAAGUGCGAGUCAUUCCAUAUUUGCUGACAAGCAAACAGACUCUCUAUGUUUUGAUAAUCAGGAGAAUAAUGAGAUGGAAAGGAAUAAUUGGAAGCCUCGAUACAGAUAUCCAUCAAUUCAUAGCAGAAUGAACCUGUCCCGCAAAAGUUUUCCUUCCGGCAGACUAGAGGAGCAGCUGUUUAGGAUGGACAAUGCCCAGUCGUACAAUGAUGACGUCUUCCUUGCUUCCGAUUCCAAUGUUGAAGGGUCUCCAACUAAUGUGGAUGAAUGGCAAAAUCCCUCUGCAAGGAAAACUGGUUUGUGGCAGCAACAAUGGGAAAGUGAUGUUCAGAUUCAUGAGCAAAAUGUUGACCAUCCAGAAUCUGUAACAGACAAAUUGUUUUCAAAGCAUGCAGAUGGCAUACAGAGACGUCCAGCAUAUGGCUUGUCGGUGCCAAAGAACCAAACAGAAUUUGCAGCAUCAAGACAAAAUCGGUUCACUGAGAAUGCUCAGACUCCCUCACAGACUUUUAUUAAACAGUUUCAAACCAAGAAGAACUUUAAUACAAAUAUCAUAGAAAAGGUGAGGGGCCCUGACCAAUCAGGUAAAGUAGACAGUAGGUAUAUUAAAGAUGAAGCAUUAAGACACAUUUCUGGACAAAGGGAAAGAAACAGUUCAACAAAUUCUCAAAUAUCUCCUCCUACUCACUGUUCUGUAAGUGUUUCACCUCUCUCAUUGAGAAGCCCACCCAAAUGGACCUUGCUAAGAAAUAGGGAAAAUAUUUAUUUAUCUAGUAUCCAUAAUAAGAAGGGACAGAAAAAUGAAGAUGGUUGCACCGUAAGCCAUGAUCUUGCUCAAACGCCUUCCUCUCAGUUAACUGCUAAUCGCACAAAGACAUUGAUCCACCAGUCAGAAACCCCCCAAAAUGUUAUGAAUGACAGGAUUUCUGAGAAUAUUUAUUCAUCUGUUUCCAGGAGAGCCUCUGAUAUACUUUCAUAUGGUGAUUUACCAGGUUCUUGCACUGAAAAUUGGCAUAAACACAAUAGAUUUGUUAAACAUGCAACUAGCAACAGCAUUACUGGUUCUCCCAGUAGCAGUCCUCCCAGAUCUCCUAAAACAUACUACACCUUUCCUAGAAAAUCAGCCAGUAUUGAUGGCAAUAUUGUAUCUGAGAAACUUGUCUCCCAUGUUUUCAGGCAAGUCCCAUAUAGAAGCAAGAUAGCUAUGUGGGAUAAUUUAGAAAUGGUUGGAUCAAAAAGAACUGAAAAUAUAUAUUCAAACAAGGGAGAUAACAUCACCUCACUCAGUCCAGUUGAUUCUGCGGUAAACCCCAUAACAUCCAAAGAAGUUGUUUGCAAGAAUAUUCCACAAACUCAGGACCCUCAUUUGCAGUUAACUCAGGAUCCUAAGCACUCCUCCUUAGGUGACCCUAGUACCAUUCCCAGCAAUUCAGAAAAAGGAGACCUAGUUUGUGGCCCAAACAAAACUGAAACAUCUGUCUUUUCAGAGUGUGAUGAGAAAGAUGCAGGAAAUCCUUUAAAGCAAUACAAAACCACCAGCACAUUUACAGUUAGCAUUGAGGAAGAUAAUGUGAAAUACCAGGAACUGGUUUCAGUUUAUUAUACUUUGCCGCGGAAAUAUCCAAGAAUGCUGUGCAACCUUCUUUUAGAUGAUGCAAAGAAUACAGAGACUUCUCUGCCUAUAGGGAACUCUCUGUCCACUGAAAAGAAAUACGAAGUUCGUAUUAAUUUAGCCACAGUAGCAUUUCCAUCCAGCUUGAAAAAAGAAGAAAAGGCAAAUUUGCCUACCAGUGUGACUUCUCCUUCUAGCACGAAACAGAAUCCAAACACAUCAUCUGAUGCUACUAAAGUAAGUUCCCAUGUUUUGACUCUUAUUGGGGAGAAAGCAGGUGCUUCUCAGUUACAAAAUACGGCACAUCAUCAAGAAGAAGGUCCAACAAAAGCACCAGAACUUUUAUUGUCCAGCAGACUGGGAUCAACUGGUCCCCUGGAUGGUCCAAAAUACAGUGAAUCAGAGGAUAAAUCUCUCCAUGCAAUUAGCAAUCAUAAUCUUACAGCAUCUUCUUCAAUGUAUGUUCAGACAGAUAACCAUGUGUGCUAUUUGACAUCUACUGAACCACCAGCAAACACCAGCCCAGAUAUUCCACCUUCCCAUUUGGUUGCAAAUGAUCAAGAGGGAAAACGCACAGCACAUCAAGGUGCUAACACCUCAGUGAACUCUGCUGAAGAGAAAAUUAGACAAGAUGAGGCCAAAGGAAGUGCAUUUUAUUUGUAUCAUAAGAUUUUUAAAAAAGGAAAUGAGUUGCAAUCCAGAAAGGAAAAUAUAAGAACCAGCACACAUAACACCUUGACUUCAGAAACCAAAGUGCCUUCGAAUUUCCAAAAACAAGCUCUACAAGUGGAUGCCAUCUCCCCAAAUAAUUCAGACCUGCGACCAAAUAGGAGUAGUUUGGACUACUCAAAUACCAAAAAAGAGCCUGUGUCUCAGAAUUUUUUCCCUCACGAAGUUUGCACAAGUCCACAGAGACCUGUACAAAUUUCUGCAGAUAACCAGAAAGUUGACUCUAAAGAUCAGCUUACAAAUACCGCAAAGGAUUUGCCUGAAGAUUCAGCAGACGAAAAUAAGCUCAGCUCAGAUUGCACCAAAGACAAAGCGAGCGACAUAGAAAAAAGAAAAAACAGGUCAUCCAUUAAAAAUAAACUUGCAGCUAUGUACAAAACAAGUCGAAAGUUUUCCACUAAGAGAACAGUAACUUCCAAAUCACACAUAAGUAACGUAUUUUCACAGAAUGAUGACUCCCGCUUAGAGAUCAGUAACCCAGAGUGUAUGUCAGUUUCAUCCAGUAUUCCAGAGUUGUCUCAGCAAACAGAAAAUAAGAACAAGAAUCAGAACCCUCCACUUGAUGAAUAUGAAGGCACAAUGCUUGACAAAACUGAGAACAAGGAACUGCACAUUCAUGAAGGACCUUCAUUAUUCUCCAGUGAAAUUCGAAGGCCUUUUACAAACUUGUGCAACCAGAAAUGGAAAAGUCCCAGUCCCAAACAAAGUAAGACAAAAGCAGGGACGGCAGAAGAUUCUACCAUCUCAUUUUCAAAAGAAACCAUUCCUAAGGUACAUAGUAACUCCCAAGUAUAUGAUGAUGGUUUAAAAAAUAACAAUAAGUCUUUCUCAAGAGUUAGUGUUGCAGUUUCAAAUCAGAAGGGGAACACUAAUGUUGCUGACUCCUCUCUUUUCCCACUUCCAUCCAAUAAAGAUGUGAAUGUUGUUACAAAUUAUUCAAAGGUGAAUAUCAGUCCACUGCAAAAGGUGGUAUUCCCCAAAGAACUUGGUCCUCAUGAAAAUAUCAAGCAGACAAACAGAUUCGGAAACCUUAACAAAUCCUAUGUCGAGACAGUUGUAAAUUCAGGUAAAAUACGUGAACGACACUUGUCCGAAAGUUCCUAUAUACGAGACUCUCCUGAUCCCUUGGUGUCUGGAAGCAAUGUGAUGCGACCUGGUGGUAGAUACAGUCGGAAGUUUAAAUCUUAUUCUGAAUUGUUGUCUUGUGAUGAAAAUGAAAAUUGGGAUGCAUAUGAUGGCAGUAGCAGGACCCUUGGUUCGAGGCGUGUGAUGUACCCAUCGAUCGAGUUUGGCAUUUUUGGGAAAGAGCAGCAGCAGACUUUCUUAGAUAACAUAAAGAGGUCACUCACAGAAGGGCGGUUGUGGAGCCCAUGUCUUUUAAACAACCCCCGGCCUCUGAAAGACAAAGAGGGUUUUUUCUUAAGCAGGCCAGAGCAGUUGAACUCAAGUUUUGCCAACAGAAACAUCUCCGCAGAAGGCGCCUCUCCAAAGGAGCGUCUUCACAUCCAUGAAGAAGACUCAGCAAGUUCUUCAGAGUCAGACUCUGAUACCACAACGGAUGAUGAAUAUUACCUGAAUGGGAAUGAUAAAGAAUCAGAACUUUGAAGGGCUAUAAGAGUGGGAUCUAAAUAUUGGUUUCUUGGUUCUUGGGAAGUUUAUAAAUCUAGGAAUAGGAACAUGAGUUGGACGGUACACAGGCUCUGAUUUAAUCUCCAACCCACAUUGCUGUGAUCACCCCACAAAUCAUAGGUUGGAAGAGACCUCAUAGGCCAUCCAGUCCAACCCCCUGCCAAGAAGCAGGAAAAUUGCAUUCAAAGCAUCCCCGACAGGUGGCCAUCCAGCCUUUGUUUAAAAGCCUCCAAAGAAGGAGCCUCCACCAUAGUCCGGGGCAGAGAGUUCCACUGCUGAACAGCUCUCACAGUUAGGAAGUUCUUACUAAUGUUCAAGUGGAAUCUCCUUUCCUGUAGUUUGUCCUUUCCUUUAUCAACUUGGAGCAAUUUUCUAUGGUUCGACCCUUAGGAGCCAAGAAAUGGGGGGAAAGCAAGAAGUGACUGGAAAUCAACUUCUGGUGUUGAAAAAUGGGUAUUUAAAGAUGAUAUAUGGGGGCUGUGUAUUGAAAAAUGAAUUGAUACAGAGGAGCAUUUUGGAGGCCAGAGACCACCAAAACAUGUCACUCCAAGGCUGCAAUUUGCCCCAUAUCGGAUUUGUGUUUACAAUGUUGAAUUAAGCUACCUUCACAAAAUGUUUAAAUUAAGAACAAGUUUCAUCUCCUCAAGGCACAGGAGAAUUGUGUAGUGAAAAAUGUGUUAAAGGUUCUCAAAUAGAGUAGCUAGCCCCCUCCCACCCAAUAACAAGGUGCUUCUACCAUUAUGAUCCACAUUAUAGAGGAGGCAUGGGCAAACUGUGGCCCUCCAGGGGUUUUGGACUCCAACUCCCACCAUUCCUAACAGCCUCAGGCCCCUUCCUUUUCCCCCUCAGCCGCUUAAGUGGCUGAGGGGGAAAAGGAAAGAGCCUGAGGCUGUUAGGAAUGGUGGGAGUUGGAGUCCAAAACUUCUGGAGGGCCAAAGUUUGCCCAUGCCUGUUAUAGAGGGAAACAAGUUAUGAAGCUUUUCCUGGCAUAGAUAGUAAGGUAACUUAAAAGAGUAAUAAGUGCUAUUUGGCACAAGUUUUUAUGGACUGGAGUCUGCUUCAUCAGAUAUAUGGAACGUUGAACUGGAUUCCAGUCCUUGAAAGUUUAUACCAAAUACAGUUGGUUGGUUUUUAAGGUGUUCCAAGAAGACUUGUUUUAGUGGCAAUAGACCGCUAUUCCCAUUUUCAGGUUGUUUUUCUUGGCAUGCAAAUUCAGUUAUGGGUUUCUGGGAGGAUAAUUUAUGCCAAUGAAUGGUACAAAAAGAUAGGGUGAAGGCUGGCUAGCUUACUCUGAAUACAUAAGCAUUAUUCUCAGUGUUCUCGUGAUCAGGAAUAACUGUUUUAGACUCAACCAAGUAUACAACAAAGCUGUAUAAUCCUAUGUUCCUCAACCCUCUUUCUUAGUAGUUUUUAACUUUAAUUUUUAAAACUAAGUUUAAUACAUGUCUAUAUUUAAUACAUAUAAAUUGAAUAUAUGUAUAUAUUUGAUAUCAUGUGUUAAUGGUAAUCUUUAUUUAAUAAAGGAGAAAAAUUAAUAUAUUUACUUGAGGACGCAGGGUGCUUCCAGACAGCACCAAGUUGCGGGGUUUAGUCAGAGGCAAAAAAAAAAAAAAAGGGACCUGAGAAGAGAGCCAAAUACAGGCCUGUUGAUCCUGGGAUUUCUGCCUCCAUCAUCCACACUUGCUGCUUUGUUCUGGGAUUUUGCAACCCCCCAAGGUGGCCGCUUUAGGACAUCCACCAGAAAUUUUGGCAGGUUUUUAAAAAACAUGUAAGAUGCAAAUAUUUAAGUUCCAUUUCAGGGUUAUAGAGCCUGCAUGGCCAUCUGUGAAGAUAAGUUUGGUUGUGAACUUGUUCCUGGGAACUAUGAGGUGCUGUUCCUCAGUUAUACAUGUCUGUUCCUGAUUGCUGUUAUCAUAAAAACAUGGGGGAAGUUGGUUACAUGGCAAAACCUGUGUGUCAGAAAUGUCAUUAAAUGUGUGGAGGAUGAAGUUUCUCUUGCCAGGAUAAAGUUUUUGCCCUCUAGUCAACUGUUGCCACGUUUUUAGGAUACAACCAAUUAGGAACCAACAUGUAUUACCCAGGAACAAACCUGAACAAAUAAUCCCGUAUUUUCUGAGUGUAAGAAGAUACAGAGAUUCGAAUGUCUGCAUUUUUCAGCCAGAACUGGGAUAUUCCCGCACCUACAAAUCUCACGUUUUUUGGCCUUUGUAGCAAUGUUUUCAGUGGAAGUCAUUUUGCCACGCUCCAUUUUGAAGUGGGCGCUCCUGGGAUAAAGGCACUGUCUGGACGGACCCUCAAUCAGUUCAGUUCUGCUGAUUCCAACAAAAUAAACUGGGACUGUCAUUGAACAACAUUAAGUGGAUUGGCCACCAUACAUAUAUCAGAAGCCAAGAAAGCUAAACAAUUGUACAUCUUUUGCUACUGAUGUGAGAGAUUUUGGCAUGAAGACCAGUGAGAUUUAAAAGUGUCUCCUGACUUUUUUAAUGACUUUUGAAACAAGAAGUAUCAAUCACUUUAAAUGGUACGUACACGGCUAUGUUUUAAAUGCUUACUACUUCGUUAAAGAAGUGAACAUGUAAGUACAGUAUGCACAUUUGAACACUUUGCCUUUUAGGUUUGUUUGAAAUUGCUAAUGAACUAUUUAUAGAAUUGUCCAUGUAACUAUCCUUAUUUUAAUAGGGUUUUUAAAUGCAACUCAUUAAAUGUUAAUGUAAAAAUGUAUAUAUGUUUUGGUUAAAGUCGUUGGAUUAAGAUGUAUAUUGAAGAUUGUGUAUUUGGAACUUGUACUGGUGACAAAAACUUCAUGUUCAAUCAUUCCUAAUAUAUAUAUAAAAUGUUUACAAGGACAUGGGAUUGUUCUUGGAUUGUG